AUGGCUAUCCACGGCUACAUCGCAGACUACUACAUCGACGACAUCGAUGCAUUCACGCUCGAAGAGCAGUAUCGUCUGCUGUACGAUUUGCCAAACGUAUCGGAAGCCCUAGAGCACGUACGGCGGUUCCUACCUUCGCCAUUCAGCCCAACAUCGCUGUCGCCGAGUUUGGAUGAUAUGCCAAGCCUGAUUGACGAGGAGCGGUGGCACGAGGCCCGGGUAAAGCUGAGGAGCCAAGGUGUGUUUUACAGGUUCUGA